UUUCUAUUUCUUUAUAAAUCCUUCUCUCUCCCCUCUCCUCCUUUCUCGCUCGUCCCCAUGCGCUUGAAUCGUCCCCCGGGUGGAAAAUAAAUAAGAUGGUCUCUGACAAAGAACCAGGCCUGUCGGAGGAGGAGAGGUCAUCGUCAAUCCCCGGCUUUGCUCCCCCCAUACCCGCGAGCCCGGGCGUCAAACGCAUCGAGGCCAUUUCCUCCACUUUUACCCGUACCGAUCGCAUUCUUUUUUUCUUCUCCAUCUUCAUUCUGGCCUACGUUUAUGGAUUGGACGGUACCCUGCGCUACGCCUAUCAGCCGGUGGCCACGGACGAUUUUGGGCAACACAGUCUGCUUUCUACAAUCAACGUUCUGCGCGCUGUGAUUGCUGUCGCCGCCCAGCCCACCCUUGCCAAAAUUGCUGAUGUCUUUGGUCGCAAUGAGGUGAUCAUCCUGUCGGUGGUGUUUUACACCGUUGGCACCAUCGUCGAAGCCGCUGCUAAAAACACCCCAACAUUCUGUGGUGGCGCCGUGCUGUACCAGAUUGGCUACACCGGAAUUUUGCUUUUGGUGGAAGUCCUCAUCGCCGACACGACAUCCCUUCGAUCCCGUCUCCUCUUUUCCUUCAUCCCUGCCACACCGUUUAUAAUCAAUACCUGGGUUAGUGGGGAUAUUGCCUUGGCCGUCCUGAGCGCAGCAGGCUGGCGCUGGGGUAUUGCCAUGUGGGCUAUCAUCUUUCCAGUGUGCGCGAUUCCGCUGUUCGUGAUUCUCUACCGGGGCCACUACAAAGUCAAGAAACAACAGGGCGGAUACCAGAGCCGUUUGAGCGCUCUCACGUCUACUCAGGCACUCAUUGAGUUGUUUCACUAUUUAGACGUCGUGGGUAUCUUCCUGCUGAUCGCAUGGAUGGCAUUGAUCUUGGUCCCAUUCACCAUUGCCUCAGACGGCUCGGACCAAUGGAAGACGGCCAAGAUCCUGGCGCCAUUGGUGUGUGGUAUCCUUUGCAUAUUCCUGUGGGCGCUUUGGGAACGUAGCUGCCCGCACCCGAUGAUACCCUUCAAACUCCUCAAGGACCGCGCCGUGUGGAGCGCGCUUGGGAUUGCUUUCAUGCUAAAUCUUUCCUGGAGCAUACAGGCAGAGUUUCUGUUCACCGUGCUCCGAGUCAGCUUCGACGAGAGCGUCACGAGCGCCACACGCAUCAUAUCUCUAUACAGCUUCGUCUCUGUCAUCACAGGAUGUGUUCUUGGCUUCGUGGUGCUGGGGGUCCGCCGCUUGAAACUCUUCAUCAUGGGAGGCACCUUGCUCUUUACGGUAGCCUUUGGUCUGCUCAUCCGCUACCGCGGUGGGACCGCGGGGUCCAGCCAUUCGGGCAUCAUCGGCGCCCAGGUCCUGCUGGGUAUCGCCGGCGGAUUGUUCCCGUACCCAGCGCAGGCCAGCAUCCAAGCCGCCACCAAGCACGAGCACAUGGCCGUCGUCACAGCCGUCUACCUCGCCCUCUACCAAUUCGGCUCCGCCGUGGGGAACACCAUCGCCGGCGCCAUCUGGCGGCAGGUCCUCAACGCCAAACUCACGUAUCAGCUAGGCGACGCAGCCCAAGCAGCCACGGUCUUCGCCUCACCGCUCUCCUUCAUUGAAGACCACCCGGUCGGGACGCCGAUGCGCGAUGGGGUGGUCGUCGCCUACCGCGAGACGCAGCGACUACUCUGCAUCACGGGCAUCUGUCUUACGGUCCCGCUGAUUGUCUUUUCGCUGUUUAUUCGUGAUACGAGGAUGGGCGACGAGCAGAGUGAUCCCGAAGCCGAAGAGAAGGGCAGACGCAGUAAUUGGUAG